ACACACACAGGGCAACCACAAUGCUGAUGUGGCCCUCAGUGAAAUUGAGUUUGACACCCCUGACAUAGACUGUUACUUUAAAGACUAUGACUGUUCAUAGAUCAGUGUAAGAGAAUGUGUCCACACAUAUAACAGGUGCAUGAUUUGCUGUUCCACAUUACACCACAUGACACUAUAUAAAUUACAGUAAAAGUCUUGCAAUUGGGUAGGAAAGUUGUCUUUCUUUCUCUCUUUUCCUUUUAUAAUAAGAGUAAUAGGAAGGAUAUCAGGCAAGAGCUUUUGAUACGUUACUUGGCUCUGGAAUUCAUCAUACUUACUUUGAGAUACUCUCAGUUGUAUCAGCCAGGGGAGAGUAACUUGGCAUGUUGAAACAACAGUGUUCCUAGCUGGGAAGAGCAACUGCUGUGAAAAGAAACAGGAAAACACAUGUGUGAGAAUUUAUCUAAUUUUUUCUCUGUGCCUUUUUCUGAUGGAUAGGUUUUGGUAGACAAAAUGAAACUUUUAAAUUAGUGAGAGUAGUUGCUUUUUUAUUGACAUGGAAAAAUUGAUUUAUCAUUCCCAAAAUUCCAAAUUUCAUCUUACAUGUUAGAAAUUAUGAAAUACUCUUUUCAGUGCUCUCAAAUUCUAUCCUUCUGAUUUGUGAUUACUGAUCAUUUUUGGGAGUACACAGUAAAAAUGGUUCAAUUUAGGAUUUUAUUCUGCUGAAUUAAAAAAAUGAAUUAAUGUAAUUGUUGGUUUAUGGUUGAAAUUUAAUUUCAGUUUUCCUUAUUUUAUUCACAAAGGCAUUAGUGAAUAUAUACUCCAAACAUCUAUUCACGGGAAAGCCCCUUUGGCAGUCUAAUAAGAAUCUUAUUUUGCUGUAGAUUGUAGUAUUUGUAAUGUCUUCAUUAGCCAGAAACUGAACAUGCACACAUGGGUCAGCACAAGAUAUUUGGCUGCAUUCACUCUUGCAAACUUUAGUUGGCAGAAAUUGAAAGAAAAGUUGUUGUUGAUGAUGAACUAGAUACCUGUAAUAAAUAUUUAUCAGUGCCACUUAAGCAAUGCACCAUUUUUUGAUUGCUGAAACAACCCUUCCAGUUGAAAUUCUCUGUCAAAUGCAGAUUGUUUUUCUUGGUUGGCAGCCCAGAAGGAAAGGGAGUGACAGGUGCUUGUACACUCGCAUGUGCACAUGCGAACAGGGUUUUGUGUGUGCACUCCAAAUGGGGCCAUGAACAGGUGCAUGAUGCAAACAGGGCCAUGAGCACAUGUGCAAUGUUCUCACUGACACUAGUGCCUGCGACCCACAUGGUGACACUAGUGCCUGUGCAACCCUCAUAGCUACCUUUGCAGUGACACUAGCACCCAUGUAACCCUCACGGCGACAUUAGUGCCCGCAUUACCCUCAUGUGACCCUCUUGACAAUGGUAGCACCUGUGCAACCCUUGGGGCAAUGCUAGCACGAGUGGGGAGAAGUGUGUGUACACACGCAUGCUCACUGGCCAGCCACUCAGGCCACGAACCAGGCCACGAACCAGUAGUAGGCCAUGGCCCACAGGUUGGGGAUCUCUGGUCUAUGGUAAAGAUUGUAGUGAGUACAUGUAGACCUCAAUGUACAGCCAUUCAUUUAUCAACUGUCCAAAAUUACAACAGCGCUGGAAAAAAUGACUUAUGACCAGUUUUUACACCUGACCAUCCCCAUGGCCAUGUGAUCAAAAUUAUGGCACUUGGCUGCUGGCAUACAUUUACAACCUUCCCAAGGGGUAUCUAACAAGCAAAGUCCAUGGGAGAAGCUAGAUUUGCUUAAUGUCCAUGUGAUUCACUUAACAAAUGCAGUCAUUUGCUUAACAAUCAUGGCAAUAUGGUCAUAAAGUCAUGCAUGGCUCAUUUGUGAUUGUAAGUUGAUGUUUUUAAUUUGUGUCACUGGAGCAACAUAAUGUAAAUUUGGUGAACUAGGAAAAGCUGAUUUGUGUGAUCAAGAAUGAGGAUAUCUUGUGACAGCAACCAACAAGUUUUACAUGAGCUGAUUAAGGACAAUCAGCAGAUCACUAAAAUGGAAACUGCUGUCCAGCUUGGAAUCUCAUAGGAACAUAUGGAUUACAAUAUUGAUGGUUCUUCAAUACUAGAAGAUUUGUGCAAGAUGAAUUCCUUGCAUGUUGACAGCAAAGAUUAGACUUCAAGAAUUGAAAUUUGCCUGCAAUUGUUAUCUUGACAAGAAUGAAGAUGAGGAAUCCUUAACAUAGUGACAGCCAACACAACAUGGACUGAUCAUUAUUAACCAGAACUAAAGCAUUGGUUCAUGGAAUAACAUCACAAAAUUUCACCCAUGGAGAAAGUUUUCAAAACCAGAUAUUAGCAUGUAAACUAAUGUUUACAAUUUUGGGGGAUGUUAUUCACAUAGAUUUCCUUGCAACUGACACUAUUAUCAACUCACAACACUGUAUUGCAACACUUUGAAACAAUUAAGCAAAGUUUGAAAGAACCAGAAGGAAUUUUUAAUGCAACAUGACAGCGCUUAGGCUUUAUACCUAAUAAGCCACCCAUGAAGCAAUUGUGAAAUCUUAUCCCAUCUAUCAUACAGUUCAGACUUGGCACCAUGUGACUUCUACUUUUUGGGCAAAAUUGAAAGAGUACCUUCAUGGGCAUCUAUUUAACUGAAAUGAAGAGGUGGAAAGCAAUGUCAAGAACUGGUUGAAAAGACAAAGAAUAGAGUUCUUUUGUGAUGCCUUUAAGAAGCUUAUCCAUCCUUGGCAGGUGAUUAUAUGGAAAAGUCAAUACAGGGACUGCAGAAAAAAUGCAGCAGCAGAUGAUUAAUCAGGAUUUUGGAAGCUAUUCUACUGAGGAAUCUAAAAAACCAAAAGAAAAUUGGAUUGUAGGAAAGUAUUUUCACAAAGACAGUAAAGCUUUGAUUGAGAGUGAAAAUUCUCAGGAGUCCUAUCUUUUCGGGGAAACAGAAGAUUCUUUGACCACUAAUUUUUCUGAAGACCCACAGAAGGUUCUUAAACAGCUCAAAAAAAUGAAUUUUUCAUCCACCAAGUUUUAUCAAAAUAAAUUAUUUAAUAGGAAUAAUAACUGGAAAACCACCGAUGAGAUACAAGAGAAACGGAAAUUUUUUCUUCGUAAUAUUUGCCAAAAAUAUGUUAAUGGAAACAGAACCCAGACACCUCUUGUGCACAUGGUCUCUAGAAUAUACGUAGAAGAUAAAUACAAACUCUUGUAUUGUGAAGUUCCUAAAGCAGGCUGUUCCAACUGGAAAAGGAUUCUGAUGAUACUUAGCGGUCUCACAAAAUCUGCUGCUAAUAUUUCUCAUGACAGUGUACACUAUGGAGAUCACUUGAAGAAACUAGAUAGUUAUAAUAUAAAAGAGAUACAAAAGCGUUUAAAAACAUAUACCAAAAUUAUAUUUGUCCGUGAUCCAAUGGAAAGAUUGGUGUCUGCUUUUCGGGAUAAGUUUGAACAUCCAAACAGUUAUUACCAUCCUAUAUUUGGGAAGGCUAUUAUUAAGAAAUACAGACCCAAUGCAGACCCAUUGACAACUGGCUCAGGGGUUCAAUUUAAAGAGUUUAUACAAUAUCUGUUAGAUCCCUAUAGGCCAUUAGGUAUGGAUACGCAUUGGGAGCAAAUUAACAAACUUUGUUAUCCUUGCAAUAUCAAUUAUAAUUUCAUUGGCAAAUUUGAAACUCUGGAAAAAGACGCCAAUUAUUUUUUGAAACUAAUAAAUGCCCCAGAUGAGCUCCUAUUUCCUCAUUUCAAAGACAGACACUCCACUGACAAAAGAACCAAUUCAGAAGUUGUAAUGAAGUACUUGGCAGAAAUUCCUGCCACAGAGAGGUUGCAGGUUUACAACUUUUAUUACCUGGAUUAUUUAAUGUUUAACUAUACUGUACCAUACGAGACAUUCCAAUUUGAUGUAAUACAUAAUCCGGUUUACCUAUAACUUAUGAGAAAAAGUAUAAUUUCUUAAAUGGAGAUACUUUGAUUUGCUAAAAUUUGCAUAAAUGAAAGUGCCUAACAUUUAGGAAGCAACAUAUUGCACUGUGAUGUCUGAGAGAAAAAUAAUUUAAUAUUAGAAAAUUUUAGAAUAUAAUGCAAUAUAAUUAACACGAGUGGCAUUAAAACAAUUGUGUUUUAUUAUAUUUAUUCAGUUGCUACAAAUGCAUUUUUCUAUAUUUCAGGGAAGAGCAGUUAGAAGCUGGAUUUGUGUUUUAUUAUCAGUCAAAUAAGGAAAUAUUAGAGAAGAGUCAAUAUGUGUGUUCUCAGAGAAAUGUAUGCAAUGGUCCAAUAUUAGCUUAUCUACUUGAAAAGCUUAUUUCUGUCUGGACAGAUGGUGCUUAGAAAUAAUAUAUACUGCAACCACUGAUUUUUCUAAAACCAUAAAUAUUUUGAUUUUUUUUUUAAAAAAAAGCCAGAAUUGCAGAUAAAAACACACUAAAAAUAAAAAUAAAUAGUAAAUAGUUUACUAGAACAAGGGUCUCAACCCCUGGCCCAUGGCAUCCAGAAAUGGGGCCACGCAAACAAGUGAAGCCCCAUCCGGGGGAUGCAGCCAGCAUGUGAAACCACACCCCCUCUGGUCCACAGAAAAACUCUCCACGGAUCUGGUCCCUGGUGCCCAAAAUGUUUGGGGCCACUGUACUAGAUAAUAAAAUACCUAGCUUCACUACUGUAAUAUCAACUAUAAGACAUAUUAUUUCAACAAACAAUUCUUCAUUGUGUUUUAUUAUAGUAAUUUUGAUAACAAUCUGAACACAUCUUUAUAUACAUUUUUAAUUACACCUUUAAAUGCAUCUUUAUUAACACACCUUUAUUAAUACACCUUUAAGUAUUAAAUAUAUCUUUAAUUACACCUUUAACAUUUGUUUCAUAUAUAAAUUCUUCAUUUUUUUAUUGUACAUCCCUUGUUUGACAUUGGUUACUCCAAAUAUAAGUUGUUCUACAAUAUUAUUUACUAAUAUCCAUUUCACUGUCUGCACAGUUCUUCGGCAUCCUUGUGUGUAUUGCUGCAGGAUCAGAUAAUUUUGCUUCAAUUUGUUUAGUAUGCAUUUCAAGCAUUUUUAACUCUUCUUAAAUUAAUGAUUCAUAAUGAAUUGUCCUAUAUUUCAUGAAUGAAGGCAAAUCUACAGUAUGUGUCCCAGGAUAAUGUUGCAGGAUCCAACCUGGGUCGGUCACUGAGACCAUGAGUUUAGUUUUCCAAGCUUUUGGACUUGUGCUAGAGCCCAUCCUCACUUCAUUCUCACCAGAAUCUGCUUUGAGCACACACUCUGGUGAGAGACAAGUUCCCUGAGGAUGAACUGAUCCAGAUUGGAUCCUGUCCUAUAGUCCUUUGAUGGGAGAAAGUUAGCAUUUUUUAGCAUUGUUUCUAACUUAAGAAAUCAAUUAUUUACUUAAAUCCUACGAUCAACAUCCCAAAGCCUAUUUUCACACAUACUUCAACUCUAUUACUUGUAUUUAUUGUUAUAUCUUAAUAAUGAUCUUCAUUUCUUUGAAAUUAUUGAAUUCUGUAGGAAAAAAGGACAUGACUGUUGAGGAAACAAAAUACCGGUAAUUCUUCUUUCACUGCAGGAGCCCAUUCUAAUCAGAGUUGUUCAAUACAACUCUUGUUUGUUCAAUACAAGCAAAACCCUUUACAAAUAUGAAUAAGAACAAAGGUUUGUGGGAUGAAAACUAGUCUCAUCUGGCUAUCAUACUAAUAAAUACUCAAGGCAGGAAUUCAGAAAAAGGCUAUGUCUAUACAACAUCUGAAACACAAAGUGACUAACCAUAUUUCAGUUUAGUGUGUUGUAUAAAUCCUUCAUGUAGUUAGUGAUCAGCAUCUUGUGUGAGUCUAAUGAAUAGGAUUAAUUGAUAAAGCAUUGGUAAAUUAAUUAUGUACAAAUAAUGUAGUUUAUGAAUAUAGCUAAUGACUUAGGAUGGACAGUCCAGGAGUCAAGCAAUCAUUUACAGUGCUGGGGAUAUGGGAUUCAAGAAUGAUGUUGCUCAACCUAAAUAUGAUAGAUCACUGCUCCAUGCCAGAUUGCAAAGUAAAUGAGGAGGGGAAAUGCUGAAUACAAAUUUCAGGCCAUACUGCAGUGUCUAUGACCUAAAAACCAAACCUUUCUCUGUAUAGGAUUUACAUACUUUGUUUUGAAGGAUCUUGUCUGAUUUUCAGUGAAUCUGCCAGAGGGUUCUUUCAGUACAUUGUAGAACUAUUGAUCUACUUAUUUUGCAACAUGUAUAGCCUGCUCUAGUCUAAACAGUCUCUGAUAAAAGUGUAACAAAAUCAAGAAAAGAUAAUACAUUAAAGAUCACACAUGGGUAAUAAAAAUCGGUUUCAAAAAAA